AUGAAACUGCCCGAGUUCCCCUCGGGCAAUGACGAGCGGACGACGCUGCUCAAAAAUGAGACGCUAGACACCCGACGGCAGCCCCAUUUCUUUGCUUUGAUUGAUGCGGGGAUCGAUCUUCUGGAUCAGGCGGUCAACCAGCAUGAUAUUGAUCCGUUCAUAUCACCAAAUCGCGUUGUUAUAUUGCAGACUCGAAUGCCCAUGUACGGAUUCAUAAACGGUUCUGUUCCAUGCAAUGCACACCUCGCCGACCUGAUGGAUCAAGUGCGGCCUCUUUUACGUGAUGCUGUGGAACACGUGAACAAGGUCAAAAUGUGGAUCACUCUUCUCAUUCCUCGCAUUGAGGACGGGAACAAUUUUGGUGUGUCUAUACAGGAGGAGACCCUUGGAGAGGUGCGAAACGUCGAAAGCGAAGCAGCUUCAUUUCUUGAUCAGAUGAGCAGAUAUUUCACAAGUAGGGCUAAAUUGCUCACAAAGAUUGCGAAAUAUCCGCACGUGGAUGACUAUCGAAGAGCCAUUCUUGACAUGGACGAGAAACAGUUUAUCAACAUAAGACUGGUCGUUCUCGAGAUGCGAAAUCAUUUCUCCACACUAUAUGACAUCAUAACGAAAAACAUUGAAAAGAUCAAGAAGCCUCGAAACAGUAACAUGGACAUGCUAUAUUAGAUUGGAAUCUGUUGGUCUCUUUGCGAGUUCUCCCUGAUAUUGCUGUGUACUUUUUUCAUAACUGUUAAUCUGACCUUAGGCGAUUGAUUAUGUGAUUCUAUGAGUCGUUUCGGUCGUAUUUUUCGGUUUUAUCUCACCUUUUUGCUACGCAUUUUCACAAUCAUAUAGUGUGUAAUUGUGCAUGCUUAAUCUUGUCGGGGUAAAACUAUUCCAGAUUGUUGAGUUUUGAAGUUUAUUCUAGUUCCGUUUAGCUUGUCAUAUCCGUUGUUAAUAAGAACUUUUCGACUACACAUGAAGUUUCAAGUUUCCUUAGCCUUGCAAGUUCCCACCAAAAUCAAAAAAAUCUUAUUUUUGACUUGUU